UUUAUCGCGAUGUUUGGACACAGCUGACCGCUGCCUGCUAGAAGAAAUCAAACCACCAGGCUAGGCUAGCAGGACAGACAGUUAGCGGCGCAGAGAGCAGCGGGCAGCGGAUGUAAACUCAGGGGGAACCGCGGAGACAACACAACGACCGGGGCUAGACCUCCAGUGAUGCGGACGUUGAGUGUCGUCUCACCGCAAGCUAACGUUAGCUUUGUCCCGACACACAGGGACUGAUAUCUGUGGCAAAGACGACAGAUAACACGGCGACAUCAACAGGAACGGGUUAGCUUAGUUUCAAUGUUAUUGUUAAUUAAACCCCACAUAUUAUGGUCACGAUGUCCUACUCUGGAAACCUGGUUUGGGAUGUAAAUAAACGUUUAAUUGGAUACAACGAGCCCAACAUCAUCAGGAGCAACUAUUUAGGUAGAAAAGAAUUUGUCCAGAGACUUAAGCUUGAAGGGACACUGAAUGUUCACGAUGGCUGUGUCAACACUAUAUCCUGGAGCGACACGGGUGAAUAUCUCUUGUCGGGGUCAGACGACACCUUUUUGGUUAUCUCCAACCCGUACAACAAGAAGGUCAAGAAGUCCAUACGCUCCGGCCACCGGGCGAAUAUCUUCAGCGCGAAGUUCAUGCCCCACACCAACGACCAGGAGAUCAUCUCCUGCUCUGGAGACGGCGUCAUCUACUACACCAACACGGAGAAGAGUCCCGAGCACAACAGACAGUGUCAGUUCACCUGCCACUACGGGACAGCUUAUGAGAUUAUGACGGUACCAAAUGACCCCUACACGUUCCUGUCGUGUGGGGAGGACGGCACGGUGCGAUGGUUUGACCUCCGCACCAAGACCAGCUGUACAAAAGAAGACUGCAAAGAUGACAUUCUGAUAAACUGUCGCCGGGCAGCGACCUCUAUAUCCAUCUCUCCUCUGGUGCCGUACUACCUGGCCGUCGGCUGCUCCGACAGCUCGGUGCGGAUCUACGACAGACGCAUGCUGGGAACCAGAGCCACAGGUAACUACAUGGGCCGGGGGACGACGGGGAUGUGUGUGAGGUUCGUCCCCGCUCACCUGUCCAACAAGUCGUGCCGCGUGACGUCUCUCUGCUACAGCGCGGACGGCCAGGAGGUGCUGGUCAGCUACUCCUCCGAUUACAUCUACCUGUUCGACCCCAAAGACGACCAGGCCCGAGAGCUGAAGGGCCCAUCUGAGGAGAGGAGGGAGGAGCUGAGACAGCCUCCAGUGAAGCGCCUCCGCCUGCGGGGGGACUGGUCUGACACUGGACCCCGCGCUCGCCCUGAGAGCGAGAGGGAGAGAGACGGGGAGCAGAGCCCGAACGUGUCUCUGAUGCAGAGGAUGUCGGACAUGUUGUCUCGGUGGUUUGAGGAGGCCAGCGAGGCUCAGAGCAGCCGAGGAACUCGACCGCAGACACGUCCCAGAGUGGCCGCUGUGCGUCCAGGGGGGGCGUCGAGUGUUCCUGCUCUGCCUGCUCCGGCGGCCAAUCAGGAGGCCAGCGCUCCAGAGAGGCCUGCAGAGCCAACCCCCCUGGAGGAGCCAGCCGGACCUGCAGCCGCCGCCACAGCCAUCCCUAAAUCCACCUCCUCUUCAUCCUCAGGGUCAUCAUCAACAGUCACAGCACCUCCUCCGUCCACCUCCUCUUCAGUGGAGAGCUCAGUCCCUUCCUCCUCUUCCUCGCCCGACACCACCGGGACCCCCACGCCCACCCCCGCUCUCUCAGAGUACGGUCCUCGUCGGCUGCCCAUAAGUUUAGUGUGUAGGCGUUUGCAGAGGUUACUCCGGCUGGCCGACCCCCCAGGAAUGGGUCCGCGAGCCGCCCGUGCUUCUUCUCCAUCUGCCUCUUCCUCCUCUCCUUCCACCUCAGCCCCUGAGAGACAGUCACAAAGGGCUGCUUCAUCUUCUGCUGCUGAGAUGCAACCCCUCACAGAUUCCCCCUCGUCUGUGGUAAACAAACAGCUGGGAUCCAUGACUCUUGACGAACAGCAGGGAGCAACAGAAGCUGCAGGUUCGCCUCCUGAUCAACCUGUUUCUGCACCGGUUAACGCUCCCACUACCUCCACCACCUCCACAACCUCCUCCUCCAUCACCUCCUCCUCCAUCACCUCCUCUUCCACCUCCACCCUGAGCAGCACAAGUCGGCCCAGCGCAGCAGAGCCCGUCCUCAGCCUGCACUACAGCUCCGAGGGAACCACCACCAGCACCAUUAAGCUGGACUUCACUGAUGAGUGGAGCAGUAGCACAUCGAGCUCUAUGGGCAGCGGGGGUCCCAAAAGAUCUGAAUCUGUUCCUGCAGUGAACCGAGAGGGUCUGUCCACGGAGAGCUCAGCCUCAGAGCAAACUCCCUCUCUGUCCUCGGGGCAGCAGAGUGUCGCGGCCGCCUCCUCCUCUGAGCCUCCGAGCGGGGCCUCCUGCUCCGGGGCCCAGGCUGCUGCUGCUGGAUCCUCUCAGGGGGAAACCGUGGCUCCUUCAGGGGCGGAGAGGAGUCCGCCUGUGGGCACGGAGGACAGGACGGGGGGCUGCAGGAGAGCGGAGCCCCGAGGGGAGGAGGGGGGCGAGGAGGGCCAGAGUCAGGCGGCACGGCCGCACCAGGACUCUGACGACAGCGACGACGACCCCAUCCUCAUCCCGUCCACCAGGUUCAGGGGUCAGGGCCAGAGAUUAAAUUCCAGAGGAUCUGCAGUAGGAGAUAGGAUGAUCAGACGCUCAGCAGCCGCUCGUAUCCAGGAGCUUUUCCGCAGGAGGAAAGAACGACGGGAGAUGGAGGAGAGCGAGACCCAGAAUAUCAGGAGACCCUCGGUCAAGCAGGUCUACAAAGGCCACCGCAACUCCAGGACAAUGAUAAAGGAGUCUUGUUUUUGGGGCGACAACUUUGUGAUGAGCGGCUCAGACUGCGGCCACAUCUUCAUCUGGGACCGACACACAGGGGAGCACCUCAUGCUGCUGGAGGCCGACAACCACGUGGUGAACUGCCUGCAGCCGCACCCCUACGACCCCAUUCUGGCUUCUUCGGGGAUUGACUACGAUAUCAAGAUUUGGUCGCCACGGGAGCAGGCGGCGUCUUUCAACAGAAUCCUCGCUAAUGAGGUAAUCACUCGAAAUGAGCUGAUGCUAGAGGAAACCAGGAACACAAUCACAGUCCCGGCUUCUUUCAUGCUCCGAAUGUUGGCCUCCCUUAAUCACAUCAGAUCAGAUCGACUAGAAGGGGAUCGCUCCGAGGGUUCGGGACAGGAGAAUGAGGAAGAGCAGUAGCCUGCGGGCAUUUUAAACUGAAAGAAAAAAACUAUUUCUUCUUGCUGUAUAGCACAUGAAAAAAAAACCCCUGAGAUUUGUACAAGUAUAGUGUAGAAUACUUCCUUUUGAAAACUAGUGUAAUUUCUAGGCCCCCUUGUGUUUUUUUUAUGACUUUCUUACUGAUGUUUCUGUAUGAGGAUAAUCUACAUCUGUGUGAAUGCAAGAGGCAAAGGACGUCAGUAUAUAUAUAUAUUAAGUGUGAGAAUAAUGGCGGCUGGAGUGCAAGGAUGUUAAGUGCAAUAUUAUUUUGUUGAGAAAGUGAGCUUUGAUCAGUGUUAACGUGUGACAUUUUGAAUUUGUAGCGCAAAGCUAAGAAUUGUUGAUGUGCUGCUCCGGCAGUUACGCAUGUAAACAAGGACUUUAAGUAAAAAUAUACUUGGAGAA